AUGGAGGCCAGGACGUUAACCAGACCGGCCACUGCGCUGGCCACCCUCCUCCGCCAGCAGACCGCCUCUGCCGUCCCCCGACGUGGCCACAAGACCUUCUCCCGCACGAAGCGCUCCCUCAACAUUCCCCCACACCCCGACUUCCUCCCCUCGACGACUCCGGCCAGCGGCGACACAAUCAUCUACAACCCGCCCUCGGCCGCCCCCUCCGUCUUCCACACCCCCUUCAAGUUCCUCCCGCCCUCCGACCCCCGCCGCCGCGCCAACCUCUCUUCCCUCUUCGCCAACUCCAACUCCUCCGCAGCGGCAUCAUCACAAACGUCGUCCUCCGCGAGACCAUUGCCCCCGGCCCUCAACGUCCCCUCCCGCGGCGCCAACCCGCGCUACCACCUCACCCGCGACAACGUCGCCGAGAUCCGCCGCCUCCGCGCCGAGGACCCGGACUUCUGGAGCGUCACCGCCCUCGCCCGCAAAUUCGACUGCUCCGAGACCUUCAUCACCAUCUGCACCCCCGCGCCCCGUGAGCACAAGGAGCGCCUCCAGCGCAAGCUCGAAGGCGUCAAGAGCCGCUGGGGUGCCAUCCGCACCAAGGCCCGCGAGGACCGCACCCGCCGCAAGGAAAUGCUCUUCCGCGGCGAGUUGUAG